AUGGGUCACAGCUUUCGGAUGGACCGGCAACCCGUGCUGCUUCUCACCAUGAACAUAGCGACGAGAUGUCCCGUUCCAUGCGUUUUGCGGCUGCGCUCGAGCGCCCGCCUCAUCUCGCCUCGACAGGAACAACGCGCAUCCUCCUCCUCCUCCUCCGCCGCCGCCAACAACAAGCCUCAAAACCACAACCGGGAUGCCGCCGACGAACCCGACGCCACCUCCGUGCAGGGGGCAAUGUCGCGACGUCUCGAGCAGGCGACCGAGGAGGCCCUUCUGACCGGUGGCAGCGCAGGCCGCCGCGCCGUCGAGGACGCCGGCUUCUCGGACGAGCUCAAGGAGCGCCUGCUCAACAAGAUCGCCGACGCCGAGUUCCGCGCAAAGUAUGCCGGCGCCCUCAGCGAGGCGGGCAUCUCGAGCGCCUCGUCGUCUUCAGCCGUCGCCGCGGGCGGAACCGCCUGGACGGGCGAGGAGACCCCCGAGGCGGCGGUGCGGCGGAUGCUGGAGGACGCGCGGAAGCCGCUGAGCCCGGGCCUGCGCGGGAAGCCGAGGCAUCAGGACGUGGUGGUGGACAUGCGGAUGCGGCGCGACCCGGCGCGGACGGCCGGGCAGAAGUUUGAAGCCGCGCGGGACAAGGCGGCCACGUACGCCGCGACGGCGGCAGCAGCAGCGGCGGGCGCCCGGAGCGAGGACGAGCGGGCGAGCUUCAGGUCGGAGCUGCAGGAGCGCUUCAGCCCGGGGUACAGGGCGAUGCCCAACAGUCUGUCGGGGAUGGCGGCGCUGGCCAACGAGCGGAUCGAGAACGCCAUCGCGCGCGGGCAGUUCAAGAACAUACCGCGCGGCAAAGGGGUCGAGUCGCGGGACGGGCGGGCCGACAACCCGUUCAUAGACACGACCGAGUACAUCAUGAACAACAUGAUCAAGCGCCAGGAUAUGGUGCCGCCCUGGAUCGAGAAGCAGCAGGAGCUGGCGCGGGCCGCGAGGGUGUUUAGACAGAGGCUGAGGAACGACUGGAGGAGGCACGCCGCCAGGACCAUCGCCAGCCGGGGCGGGAGCUUGGCCGAGCAGAUGGCGCGCGCCGAGGCGUACGCAAGGGCAGAGCUGGUCAGGAACCCGCGGCGGAGGAACGUCGAUCAGAUGUCGGUGUCGACGAGCUCGACCGACGAUCCGGUCAUGGUCACGAUGCGCCAGGCGCAAGCAAAGCUGAAGGACGAGCUCAAGGAGGAGCUAAAGGAUGUUCCGGCGCAGACGGCGCAGCAGCCCGUUGACGAGCAGACGGGACGGCACGAGUCCGACGUGAAACCGGAGCCACUCGUCUUAUUUCGAGACCCAACCUGGGAAGCAACAGAGAAGUCCUAUAUGGAGCUGUCGGUGGCUAACCUGAACGCCAUCACACGAUCAUACAAUCUGAUGGCGCCUGAUCUGGCCAAAAAGCCCUACUUUUCCCUGCAGAGGGAGCUGGAUUCGUGCUUCGCCGACGUCGCCCCGUCGCUAGCAAACACGAUCAAGGAGCGGGCGAGGAACCCGGCGAGGCAUGCAGAUUCGUCUGGAUCCACGCCGAGGAAGGGUGUGUUGGAUCGUUUAGGCGCCGGGGACUGGACCACGACGAGCAAGAUUUACGAUUCCAAGACGCCCAACUAUGGCUUCAAGGAGAUGUGGCGCGAUUUCUGGGCGAGGGGGACUUGA